AUGGAAGUUGUUUCAUUCUUUCAUGUGAAAUAAUAGAGAACGUGCUCAUGUUACUUGUGUUUGAUCCUCUGCAAUGCGUUUCCCAACCACGCCUUUAGCUCCAAAACUCCCAAACUGGAACUUGGGAAUCAAAGAUUCAACUAAUCGCAAAUGGUGGGACUCGUGGGAAGCCUGUUCUCGCUACCACCAAAUGAAGAAAGCUGGAGCUCAGCUUACAGACCCUACAUUGGUCCACUCCAUCCUCAAGGCCUGUUCAAGCCUCCCCGUUCGGCACGGAAAAUCCAUCCAUGCCUCUUUGCUCAAGCAGGGAUUUGAUUCCCUCACCUCCACUGGAAACUCCAUCAUGGACUUUUACAUGAAAACCGGUGCCUUGGAUUCUGCAUUGUUUGUUUUUGAUUCCAUGAGGAGCCGUGAUUCAGUUUCUUGGAAUAUAAUGAUCCAUGGACAUCUCAGUCGGGGUGCUUCUCAUAAAGGCCUGUGGUGGUUUAGGCAAGCAAGAGUUAUUGCAUUUGAACCCAAUGUUUCCACCUUGGUGCUUGCGAUUCAUGCUUGUCGCAGUCUUGGAGCCAUGGAGGAAGGACUUAAAAUGCAUGGCUACAUAAUUCGAAGCGGGUUUUUGGAUAUUCCUUCUGUGCAGAACUCUCUGUUGAGCAUGUAUGCAGACACUGACAUGGAGCGUGCUGAGGAAUUGUUUGAUGAAAUGUGUGAGAGGGAUGUUAUCUCUUGGAGUGUGAUGAUUGGGGGUUAUGUGCAGACUGGGGAAGCUCAAAUGGCUUUGCAGUUGUUCCUGGAGAUGGCAUCUAAUGCCAGCAUUGAACUGGAUGGAAUAACAAUGGUGAGUGUCCUAAAAGCCUGCGCCAACACUGGUGACAUUAGCAUGGGAAGGUCGGUCCAUGGGGUUGUCAUCUGUAGAGGUUUGGAUUAUGAUUUGUUUGUUGGGAAUUCCAUAAUUGAUAUGUACUCCAAGUGUGAUGACCAUGAAUCAGCCUUUAAAGCUUUCAAUGAGAUGCCCUGCAGGAACACUGUUUCAUGGAAUUCGAUCAUAUCUGGACUGGUUCGUACUGAGAAGCAUUCAGAAGCUCUGUCACUGUUUUAUUCAAUGGGGAAGGCAGGGUUCAGGGCAGAUGAGGUGACUCUUGUGAAUCUUCUUCAAUCCUGUAAGUACUUUGUAGAUCCAUUUCAGUGCAAAUUCAUCCAUUCUAUAGUAAUCCGGUGGGGCUAUGAAUUAAACGAGUUGGUGAUAAAUUCGUUGAUUGAUGCUUAUUCGAAGUGUGAUCUCAUUGAGCUUGCAUGGAAACUGUUUGAUCGGUUGAAGACAAAGGACACGGUCUCAUGGAGCACGAUGAUAGCAGGGUUUAACCACUGUGGCAAGCCUGAUGAAGCAAUAGCUCUCUUCCAAGAGAUGAACCAGGGACAAGAGAAGCCUAAUGGGGUUACCAUUUUAAGUCUUCUUGAGGCUUUCUCAGUUUCAGCUGAUCUAAAAAGGUCAAAAUGGGCACAUGGGAUAGCGAUUAGAAGAGGCUUGGCAGCAGAAGUAGCAGUUGGAACUGCAAUCCUGGAUAUGUAUGCAAAGUGUGGGGAAAUAGGAUUGUCAAGGAAGGCAUUUGAUCAAAUACCCGAAAAGAAUAUUGUGUCAUGGGGAGCCAUGAUAGCAGCCUGUGGCAUGAAUGGCCUAGCGUGUGAUGCCCUAGCUCUGCUGACUGAAAUGAAGCUGCAUGGUUUGAAGCCCAAUGCAGUGACGACCCUGUCAGUGUUAUCUGCAUGUAGCCAUGGAGGACUGGUUGAAGAGGGGCUCUCCUUUUUCGAAAACAUGGUUCAAGACCAUGGAGUUGAGCCUGGACUUGAACACUACUCAUGCAUGGUUGACAUGUUGGGCCGUGCAGGAAAGCUCAACUCUGCAAUGAAUUUGAUCGAGAAGAUGCCUGAAAGGAUGAGAGAUGGUGCAGGCCUUUGGGGGGCACUAUUGAGCGCUUGCAGAAGUAGUGGAAACAGCAGGCUUGGAGCAGGAGCUGCUUCUCGUGUGCUCGAGCUCGAGCCUCAGAGCUCAGCAGGCUAUUUUCUGGCAUCAAGCAUGUAUGCUGCAAGCGGCUUAUGGGCAGAUGCAGCAAGGAUGAGAUGGUUGGUGAAGGUGAGAGGGGUCAGGGUUGUGGCUGGUUACAGCUUGGUACAUGUUGAAGAUAAGGCAUGGAGAUUUGUUGCUGGAGAUGAGUCCCACCCAAGGGCUGGCGAGAUAUGGGGUGUUGUUGAGCAGUUGCAUGACUGCAUGAAGAUUGCUGAGAGGAAUGAGAGUGACUGCAGUUGAAUAAUGAAGCAUUGACCAUCAUCAGCCUUUGCUCAAGUGCAUGGUAUCCGUUUUCAGCUAUUUGAGGGCAGAAAGAUUGACAUGAAGGUAAGCAAAGACAAAGGGAGAAGCCACCAUGGCAGCCCAAGUGCAUGGGAGGGCUGCAACUUGGGUGGGUCUGGCCCCCUCAACCUAAGCCCUGCCCAACUUGAGGCUCGAGUUUGCAUGGAUUCAACGCACCGGUAACACACAAAUACUCAAACUUAUAUUAUUAUUAUUUUUAAAUUAUAAUAAUUCUAAUAAUCCCUCCAAAAACACAAUCCAAUCCAAUCUAACAAUAGCAUCUUCACUGUCAUUUCUUCCUUUUCCAUUUCUAAAGGAAUGUUAAUUAUA